UCUCAUUCCGGACCGGGCCGGGUCUCGGUUGUGGGCGGACUCAUGGACGCCCCGCCCCUUUCGCCCGGAGGGGGCGGGGCGUCGGGCCGUGACGCCAUCAGAGGGCGCCAGCGGAGGGCCCGGCCGCGAGUGGGAGAUGGAGUCGGUGUUGGCUCUGCGCGGCCUGGUGCUGCUGCGGGACUCCGUGGAGUGGGAGGGGCGCAGUCUCCUGAAGGCGCUUAUCAAGAAAGCUGCGUUGGGUGGGGAGCAGGUCCACGUCCUGGGCUGUGAAGUGAGCGAGGAGGAGUUUCGUGAAGGUUUUGACUCCGGAGUCAACAGCCGGCUGGUUUACCAUGACCUCUUCAGAGAUCCUCUCAACUGGUCACAGACUGGGGAGGCCCCUCCGGGGGGGCCCCUGGGAGCCUUGCAGGUCACGUGCAAGAGGGCCGGCCCUGGUCCUGUCACAGUUGCGCUCGACUCGCUGAGCUGGCUGCUGCUCCGCCUCCCCUGUGCCGCUCUCUGCCAGGCCCUCUGUGCCCUGGGCCGCCAGCACGCCCACCCCGGCGGCGGCCCCGCGGGGGAGCCGGUGCGUGUGCUGGGCCUGCUGCAUGGCGAGCUCCAUGGCCCGGGCCCCCGGGGAGCACUGAGCAGCCUCGCCCAGGCCGAGGUGACCCUGAGCGGCACAGGGGGCCAGGCCUCGGCCCACAUCCUCUGUCGGAGGCCACGACAGCGCCCCAGCCACGAGACUCUGUGCUUCUCCAUCCUGCCUGACUUGAGCCUGGAUCUCCAAGGGGGGCCCCCGCUUGAACCCCACCCAGAUCCUCACAGGCCCCCGGUGGACCCCACAACCCACCUGACGUUUAACCUUCACCUGUCCAAGCGUGAGAGGGAAGCCAAGGAUAGCCUGACGCUGCCUUUCCAGUUCAGCUCCGAAAAGCAGCAGGCGCUGCUGCGCCCCGGGCCCGGCCAGGCCGCCGGCCACAUCUUCUACGAGCCCGACGCCUACGACGAUCUGGACCCAGAAGACCCGGAUGACGACUUGGAUGUCUGACUGGCGGACUUGACCAGCCUGGAGUCGGAAGGGAGGAAGACGACCUUGGACCCGUGACCAUCCUUGCCUUGUUUGCCUGGCCGUACCCGUCCCUGCCCCGCCUCUGUCCCUGUGUGUGUGGAGGGCCUGCCCCCCCACACUUCAGAGUCAGGAAGAAGCUUCUAGGCGGGACAGAAAGUGGGAGGGGGCAGAGGGACAGGUGAGAGAACAGAGACCCCUCCCCUCGCAGCCUAAUAAAGUCUCUAUUUUUUUUUU